GUAGGCGGAGCUGGCAGUGGAACCAGUUCUUUGUGAUAGAGGAGUACAGAGGACCAGAACCAGUGCUCAUCGGACGGCUGCACACAGAUAUGGACAGGGGCGAUGGGCGUACUAAGUACAUAUUAGAAGGAGAGGGGGUGGGGUCUGUGUUUGUCAUCGAUGGGAACACAGGCAACAUCCACGUCACCAAGUCCCUGGAUCGAGAGGACAAGGACCAGUACCGCUUGAUUGCUACAGCAACCGACCGCCAGACAGGCCGCGCCCUCGAACCCUCGUCCACAUUCAUCAUUAGAGUUCAGGACAUCAAUGACAACCCACCUGUCUUCCAGGACGAGCCAUACACCGCCACCGUGCCCGAGAUGGCCAAUAUAGGUACAUCCAUAAUCCAGGUGACAGCCACGGAUGCAGAUGACCCUACGUAUGGUAACAGUGCCAGGCUGGUGUAUGCUGUGACCCAGGGCCAGCAGUAUUUCUCUGUGGAUCCUCAGACAGGUGUCCUACGUACUGCUGUAACUGACAUGGACAGGGAGAGUCAGGACACAUAUCUGGUCGUCCUUGAGGCCAAAGACAUGGGGGGGCACCUGGGGGGGAUGUCAGGGACGACCACAGUCACUGUAAGGCUGAGUGAUGUCAACGACAACCCCCCUCACUUCAGAAAGAGUGCCUGGUCAUUCUCUAUCUCUGAGCUGGCAGCACCAGGGGUGGAGGUGGGUCGCCUCUCAGCAACAGAUGCUGAUCUGGGAGAUAAUGCCAUGCUGGAAUAUACCAUCCUGGACGGAGAGGAGGGGGACACAUUUAACAUCACCGGAAGAGACCAAGAAGCUGUCAUUGUACUAAACAAGUUGCUGGACUAUGAGAGUCGCAGUUCAUUCUCGUUCUCAGUGGAAGUUGUGAACCCCGUGGUGGAUGCUCGGUUCCUAAGGAAAGGUCCCUUUAAGGACCGUGCAACCGUAUGGGUCAUGGUCCUCAACGCAGACGAGCCCCCCCGCUUCUCCCGGUCCCGUUACCGUCUGGAUGUGUCUGAGAACUGUCCUUCUGUCUGCAGCGUGGGCCGAGUAUCUGCUGUUGACCCAGACACAGGACAAAGCACCAACAUCAGGUACUCCAUUGAUCCCCAGUCUGACCUGGAGGCUCUGUUCCGUAUUGCUUCUGACAGCGGCCUUAUCACUACGGUGAUGGAGUUGGACCGGGAGCGCGAGCAAUGGCAUAAUAUCACUGUCAUCGCCACACAGAGAGACAAUCCCAACCUUGUGACCAGGGUUGUGGUUGCCAUAGAGACACUGGACCAGAAUGAUAAUGCACCAGAGUUGGACAGGCAGUACACAACGUCUGUGUGUGACUCCAGUACCCCUGGACAGGUUGUUCAGGUGGUGAGGGCAGUGGAUAGGGACCAGGGAGGUCAGGACGCCACCAUCCACUUCAGCAUCCCUCCAGAGUCCAGCUCUGCUCUAAACCUCACCAUCAUGGAAAGUGGAGGUGCCACAGCCAGCCUGGUUCUCCAGUCGGCCCUGCAGCCCCUCCCUGACUUCUCCUCCUCCCUCCUCACCCUGCACGUGCCCAUUGUGCUGCGGGAUGGCGCGUCCGGCCUCACCAACACUGGGACAGUCACCGUGACCGUGUGUCCCUGUCUGAGAGGGGGCAUGCGGGCCGAGGAGAGGGGGAGACAGAGGGACAGGGGCUGGGAGAGAGAGACGAUAUGUCUGCCCCUGCCCUCCGCCUCUCCAUCACUCAUCUUCAGUAUGGUCACCCUGCUGGCCCUGCUGGCCUGUGUCACUACGCUGCUAGUGGUGUGUGCUCUGUCUCUGUCUCUGCGGCAUCAGAAGCAAGACUCCCACUACCCAUUUGAGGAGGAUGAUGUGAGGGAGAACAUCAUUACCUACGAUGACGAAGGGGGAGGGGAGGCAGACACUGCUGCCUUUGACAUCACCGCGCUCCAGAGCUUACACAGAGUACAACGCAUGCAGGACAGCAGGAACAUAUGGUACACCCAGCAGAAUCAGGCCAGGGCCAGGACGUACAGCUGGCGCCGGACCCCACACUCUGCUGCGGACCCACAGCGUCCAGGCUCAGCCCCUUUGUACGGACACCUCUGCUACAACAUUCACACCCUGCCUGUCCUCAGAGACUUUCACGAGGGGCCCACUCCAUUCCAGUCAGGUCUGCAGCUGGCCAAACUAAUGGGAACCUAUGGGCUUCCUUGCAAUCACAUGGAUAAUAAUUCUCUAGUCAUCCAGAACCAGGGCACCUUUGAUCUACUGGAGCCUGAGGCGAUUCAUCUCAACCCUGCUGAGCCAUGGUGCCCCAGCAGAGAUGGACCAGAGAGCUGGGUGGCUGACAGCAGACCCACAGAAAGAGAGGGAGGCAGGGAGACCAACGCUGACACCCAGCAGCAGCUGCAUCCAGAGCAGGGACCAAUCAGAACACAGCCUGAGUCUGUACUGACAGAUGAAGCACUGGUUCUGAACUAUUCUGUCCCAAAUGGCUCAUCCUCUCAGAGUCACAGCAGCAGCAUCUCUUCAUCAGAGCAGCAGGAGAACAAGCCAGAUCUCUCUCCCUCCCAGACCACCACCACCACCGGAGCCUCCAGCUCUGCAGUAGACGAUACAGAUUCCUCUACUCUUCCCAGCUCAGAGAAGAAUGAAGACACUGUUGGUGUUAGCCAGAUAAAUACUAAUCACACCCACACUAAUCUACUGGGGGACUCAACAUACAGCAUUGUGGGUUCACUAAACCAGGGCAGUGGAGGGAUACCUGUGACCGGGACUACUUUGUAUCCAGGCAGUGCAGAAUUCCUGAAUAUGUAUGCGCUGGGUAGGAGGGACCUGACCCCACAGCUACUGCCCGUUUCUGGAGGCAUGCUGGGAUACAGCAGGGGGUGGGGCUGUGGGAGGGGACUGGUGGCUGACAGGGAAGGGGGUGGGGCUAACUGUAACUCCUCCCUGCCUGUGAGGAUGGAGGAGUUCCUGAAGCACCGUCUGGACCAGGUGACCUUUGACCUAUCCCAGCCACCUUACGACUCACUGCAGACCUAUGAGUUUGAGGGGGGGGACUCUCGGGCGGGGUCGCUGAGCUCACUGGAGAGCGAGGGAGAGAGGGAGGAGGAGAGAGUGAGGGAAGCAGUAGACGAGUUGGACAAGAAGUUCCAUAGGCUAGUGAAGAUAAUCGAAGAGAGAGAACAAGAAAAGAAGUGUGAGAGAAGAUCAGUGGAGGAGGAGACACUGGUAGGAGAUGGAAGCCAGAGUUUGGUUGUCAAUGUGACGAGCAAAACAGAGAAUGUGGGUGAAGGGAAAGAGAUCUCAAGAUAG